AUGCCAUGGACACGGGAAAAACUUUCCCACCGCAACAUGUUUUCCGAAAAUCAGAAUAUCCACUGCUUAUCUCAGUAUGUCUCAGAGAUACCCUUGAGUGCUGAAGGAGGAGGAGGAGGAGGAGGACGAGAGGACGGAGGUGGAGGUGGAGGGGUUGGAGGUGGAGCUGGUGGGUGGAAGAGCAAACUGGCGGACAGCGACGUAAGUGGAGACGAGUGGGAGGAAGGUGAUUGGGGGAACCUGUUGACAGAUACCCCGCGAGGCAGGAAUCCUAUCUGGUUGACUUCCCUUGAUCAGCUCGUCACCGAGACCAGAUUCUCUCGCCACGAGAUACGAUCCAUCUAUCGGGGAUUCAAGCAGCAUUGUCCUCACGGGAUCGUGCAAGAAGAAAAUUUCCGAGAGAUUUACGCCAAAUUCUUCCCUGGAGCACUUUCAACCUCGUAUGCUCAGUACGUCUUCCGGGCGUUUGACUCCCACCAUUCCGGCGCUCUCAGCUUCAGAGAUCUUCUGAUGUCCCUGUCGACGUUGUUGAGAGGGACAAUAGAGGAGAAACUGGACUGGGUUUUCCGACUGUAUGACCUGAAUGGAGAUGGAGUCAUAACCCGACACGAGAUCCGGGCCAUCAUCAUUUCCGUGCACCAGCUAAUGGGAGCUCAUUCCAGGCCUCCAAUCGACGAACGGGUGGUGAACGAACAGGUGGAGAGGCUGUUCCAAAAGAUGGACCUGGAUGGAGACGGCGUCGUGAGCUGGCACGAAUUUUACGAUGCCUGCGUCCAGGUGGGAAAAACAAAUGGAAAUACGAAUGGUUUAGAUUGGGGGUGCUCGACUGAUGGGAACGGCUGGUCCGAAAGUAACGUGGAGGCGUUGACGAUCGCUGUUGUACGAAGAAGCGUCUAA